AUGGGCCUGCGCCAGCGCUCCCCCAUCCACGCCGCCGCCAAGAAGGGGCGCGCCGCCGCGCUGCGCCCGCUGAUCGCCGCCCUGAAAGCGCACGCGCGCGAGGCGUGCGCCGCCGGCGACGAGGGGGGCGCCGCGGCGGCGGCAGCAGGCGCCGCAGAUGUUGAGGGGGAGCUGCCUGCGGCGGCGCGCGAUAUUGUGCGGCGUGUAUUAGACAUGCGGACGCGCGGCGGGUCGACGGCGCUGAUGCUGGCGUGCAGGCGGGGCCACCUGGAGGUGGUGGAGCUGCUGCUGCAGGAGGGCGCCGACCCCGCGGCCGUCGACCCCGACUCGCGCCGCACGGCGCUGCACCACGCUGCCAUCGGAGGCAGCGCCCGCUGCGCCGCCGCGCUGCUCACCCACCGCGGCGGCGACGCCUGGCGCCUCGUCGACGCCCGCACCGCCGGCGGCUUCGCGCCGCUGCACUUUGCCGCGCUCUACGGCUAUGCGCCCGUCGCGCGCGUGCUGAUCGCGGCGGGGGCGCGCGUCAUGCUGCCGACGAGCAACCAGGACGGGCUGGGUGACCUGCGGACUGUCGUGUGCGGCAGCACGCCGCUGCACUUGGCGGCCCUGCGGGGUCACCUGAGUGUCACCACGGCCCUCCUGGAGUGCUACGCCAACCAGCUGCACCAGCAGCUCGUCCUGGGGGGGGCCGCGGCCGCUGCUGCUGCGGGCGCCGGCGCGUCGCGCCUGCCUUGGGAGGGAGACGUCUACCUUGACCCGCGGUUGGCGCUGGACUCGCGCGGAAAGACGGCCUGGGAGAUCGCCGAGGCCUGCGGCCACGGCCCACAGCUCGGGGCCCUGCUGGACCCUCUGGUGCCCAUCCGCCGCCCCCUGGCCCGAGCCGGCGCCAAUAUCCCGCGCUCCAACAUCACAAGCCUUCAGGCGCUCGCCGCGCGUGCCCUGAAUGCGCACCUGACCAAAUGGCUCGACCAAAUCGAGGCCGAGCAGGCCUUUUUUGGAGCAGCAGCCGGCCGCGCGCCGCAGCCGCUGGCGUCGGCACCCCGGCCGGUGCCGGCGGCGGCGCUCGCCGUCUGCAGAGCUGCGGGUGGCGUCGUCGGCUGCGGCAGCAGCGACGGCGGCGGCAGCAGCAGCAGCAGCAGCAGUGGGAGCAGCAGCAGCAGCGGGGAAGCGGGCGCGGCGGCCGCGGCGGGCAGCGGCAGCUUCGGCGGCGCCGGAAGCUGGUCGGAAGCUGGUGCGGUAACAACUGAGGGGGGCUGCGAGGACGACGACGAUGAUGACUGCUGCGGCAUCUGCCUCGAUCUGGCGCCCGCGCUGCGGCUGGCGCCCUGCGGCCACUGCAUGUGCGCGCCCUGCGCGCGCGGCGUGCUGCGGGUGGCGAAGGGCGGGGCGCCGCGCUGCCCCUUCUGCCGGGGCGCGAUCGGGGCCCUGUCGGCCGCGCCGCCGCCGCCGCCGCCGGCGACGGCGGCGGGUGCAGCGCCGGCGUCCGCACCGUGA